UUCUCUAAAACACUCUCGCGACUUAGAUGACACGAGAUUUUACACCACAUGUUCUGAAAGUCAAGAUACCGGCUAAUAAAAGAAAAUCUGACCAUGGAUCCUAAAAAAAUGGGAGAAGCUCUUGGCCGCAUGAAAGGCGGUGGAGGCAAAUUUGCAGGAGCUGGUUUAGGCCUCUUAGCAGCCGCUGGGGGCUUAUUUGGAAUUGCAAAUUCAUUUUACACUGUUGAUGGAGGUCAUAGGUCCAUUAUUUUUAGCAGAAUUGGUGGAGUACAGAAACAAAUAUAUCCAGAAGGAUUACACUUUAGAGUACCAUGGUUUCAUUACCCCAUUAUAUAUGAUAUCAGAGCAAAGCCAAAGAAACUAACUUCACCAACAGGAAGUAAAGAUUUACAGAUGGUGAACAUAACUUUAAGAGUUUUAUACAGACCAGACCAGAAAUUCCUGCCAGAAAUCUAUAGGCAACUGGGUUUGGACUAUGAUGAAAGAGUAUUGCCAUCAAUUUGUAAUGAAGUUUUAAAAUCAGUUGUAGCUAAAUUCAAUGCUUCACAAUUAAUCACACAGCGCCAACAAGUCAGUUUACUAAUCAGACGAGAAUUAAAAGAGAGAGCACAGGACUUUUACAUGAUCUUAGAUGAUGUAUCAAUCACAGAAUUAAGUUUUGGUAAAGAAUACACCGCUGCUGUAGAAUCUAAACAGGUAGCACAACAAGAGGCUCAGAGAGCUCAGUUCGUUGUAGAGAAAGCCAAACAAGAAAGACAGCAGAAAGUUGUACAAGCCUCUGGAGAAGCUGAAGCAGCUAAACUUAUUGGUGAGGCUAUUUCCAUAAAUCCUGGAUACUUGAAGUUAAGAAAAAUCAGAGCAUCACAGAGUAUAUCUAGAACGCUUGCCCAGUCACAGAACCGUGUGUACUUGACUGCCAACAACUUGAUGUUAAACAUUACUGACAAAGACUUUGAUUCUAUGCUGGAACAGUAUAAAACCAAGAAAUAGUGUCUGAACUUUGUAGACUUUGUCUGAACUGUGCUGGAAAUUAUUAUAAAAUUUGUAGGACUUACCUACAACAAACAAUAUCACAGAGAUAUAAGAACAAAUAAAUUCACCUUUUAUAAAGUUUUGUAAAUUGACAUCCCUGUAAGCAUUGUAACAGUGUGUUGAACAAAACUUCAAUGAAAAUUAAGAUGUGAAUUUUGAAAAUGAAGAAAAACCUGUAAGUAACCCUACAAAUAAAUAUGUGGGUUUUUUUGUGGAUAUAUUUAUCAUGUUUAUAGAUUUAUUAAAUCAAAAAUUGUGGAAAAAAUUGUU